CAUCCCCUUCCGCUUCCGCCUUGCUCUUUCUCUACUAGCCGCCGCCAAGAUGGUGAACGUGCCCAAGACGCGGCGCACGUACUGCAAGAAGUGCGGCAAGCACCAGCCGCACAAGGUGACGCAGUACAAGAAGGGCAAGGACUCGCUGUACGCGCAGGGGAAGAGGCGCUACGACAGGAAGCAGAGCGGCUACGGCGGGCAGACCAAGCCCAUCUUCCGCAAGAAGGCUAAGACCACCAAGAAGAUCGUGCUGCGGCUGGAGUGCGUGGAGCCCAACUGCAGGUCCAAGCGCAUGCUGGCCAUUAAGAGGUGCAAGCACUUUGAGCUGGGAGGGGACAAGAAGAGGAAGGGCCAGGUGAUCCAGUUCUAGGCUCUGCCUUGCCCACUGCUAUGGACUCUAUAUUAAAGUAUUUGGUAAAGUA